AUGCGUCAAUUUCGACCAACUUGGUUUAAGAGAAGAUCUCAAUGGUUGGAAUAUAGCAUUAAAGCAGACACAACAUUUUGUUUGUGUUGUUUUUUGUUCAAGAAUGAACUUGAAAGUCGUGGAAAUGCCGGAGAUUCAUUUACAAGAGAUGGUUUUAGGUGUUGGAACAAAGCUUUAGAAAGAUUCAAAAAACAUGUUGGUAAGGUAAAUAGUAUCCAUCAUAAAUGUUUCAAUAGGAUGCAAGAUUUGAAAAACCAACGGCAAUCGAUCCAAUCUUCUUUUGACAAGCAAAGUGAAAAGGCAAGAAGUGAUUAUCGGAUGCGUUUAAAUGCCUCAAUUGAUGUAGCAAGAUUUCUCUUGACAUCGGGAUUUCCAUUUCGUGGACAUGAUGAAAGUGAAGGUUCCGAAUAUAAGGGUGCUUUUCUUGAACUUUUGAAAUGGUAUGGGGAUAGAAGUUUUGAUGUGGGAAGAGUAAUAUUAGGUAAUGCUCCACAAAAUGAUAUGAUGAUUUGUCCGACAAUUCAAAAAGAUAUUGUGGAGGCUUGUGCUAAAGAAACAACUAAGGCUAUCAUUGAAGACUUGGACGGUGAUUAUUUUGGAAUAUUAGUUGAUGAAUCAAAGGAUGUUUCUCAUAAGGAGCAAAUGGCUCUAAUUUUGAGAUAUGUCAACAAAAGUGGAAUGGUGAUAGAGCGAUUCUUGGGUAUUGUCCACGUAAAUGAUACAUCUUCUCAAUCAUUAAAAAAGGCAAUUUAUUCUUUGCUUUUGGAUCACUCAUUAUGUACAUCCAAAAUACGUGGUCAAGGUUAUGAUGGGGCUAGUCUUUCCAAAAAGAAUUCGGAUGUGGAUAAUUUUUUUUAUGUUCUCACUAAUAUUUUGAAUACUAUUGGAGCUUCAUUUAAACGCAGAGAUUCACUUCGACAACAUCAAGAAGAUAAGUUGGAAGAGUUGCUUAAAUUUGGAGAAGUUCAUACAGGGCAAGGUUUGAAUCAAGAACGUGGCCUCCAACGACCGGGUGAUACUCGUUGGGGGUCUCAUUUUAAAACCUUGGACAAUUUCCUGAUUCUUUUUUCUUCAAUUGUUAAUGUGCUUAAGAAUAUGAAACGUGAUUGUCCUUAUUAUCUUGAUAGAUUUACGGCGGAAAAUCUUUUGAGCAAGAUUCAUGAAUUUGAAUUUGUCUUUAUGUUGCACUUGAUGUUUAAGGUGUUGCUAUUGACGAAUGAGUUGAAUAAAGUUUUACAAAAGAAAGAUCAAGAUAUUGUUAAUGCUAUGGGAUUGCUUGACCUUUCAAAGAAACGAUUGCAAAUGAUGAGAGAGGAUGAAUGGGACUCUAUGAUGGAUGAGGUUAGCUUAUUUUGUGGUAAACAUGGAAUUUCAAUUCCCAAAAUGAAUGAAGACUACUCUAAUGGGAAGUCGAAGUGUAAGAGGUCCAAUAUUUCAUAUUUGCAUCACUUUCGUGUGGAAGUGUUUUAUGCCGUCAUUGAUUUGGCACUUCAAGAACUCAAUAAUCGUUUUGAUGUGGUGACUAGUGACUUGCUCCUCGGUAUGGCUAGUUUGAGUCCGGUUGAUUCAUUUGCUAAUUUUCACAAGGAUAGGAUAAUGAAACUAGCCGAGUACUACCCAAGUGAGUUUGGUGAUAAAGAGCUUCGGGAACUCAAUUUUCAACUUGAUGAUUUUAUUGUCUAUGCUCAAAAGUGUGAUAGCAAGUUUCUCAACUUGAAGGGAAUCAAGGAUCUUGCAAAAGUGAUGAUAGAGACAAAACUAGAUCAAACUUGGUCACUUGUGUAUCUACUUGUGAAGCUAACUUUGAUUAUUCAUGUUGCUACCGCAAGCGUGGAAAGAGCAUUCUCAUCAAUGAAGUACAUAAAGAAUGAUUUGCGUAAUAGGAUGGAUGAAGAUCUUUUGAAUGGAGUUGCUCUUGCUCAAUUAAUCAUGUAUAAGUUUUGUGGGAGCUCGUCUCUCUGCGUUGUAACUAUAUCAACUUCAAUGGACAUUCUGCUGCUACAGCCUGACCAUGUGUCGUGGUUGACUUUAGCUCUUGCUUAA